AUGCCUCUGAAGAUCGCAGUGGGACGGCUUGGCCAACCAGCGCAUUCUUGCCGUCACAGCCCGCGUUUCCAAUCAUUCUUCGCGCUACAACGCACUGACCAGACAGAUCCGAUCUUACUCUUUUCCGUUUCGUCUCGUUGUCAGAUACGCCGUGACACGCUCCGGCCGUCAUUAUUUGACGGCCUCACAUCCCGAGAGCGCACCAUCCGCAUGCCACAUGUGCGAUUCUUAAAGUGCGACCACACUGGUCGCACGCGCACGCUCGUCAUAGGCCAGACCACAGACGAGGCUGCGGGGGCAGCGGCGCAAGUGUGCGCACGCGAGCGCUCUCGACACCGCAUCGAGUGCGCUCUCACCAGUCGGGAUCCUGCAGUUGCCGUUAUCCGUGCGCGCUGCUAG